GAGAAAUGGUCCAGGUGUACAGUAUAUAAGGGAAAUGGAGAGUAACAGUUGUCCAGUUCAGGUAAACUGGAGCUCCACCCUCUUGUUCUCGCACUCUCUCACAUGUGUCUGACAAAAGGAUUUUAGGCAUCUAAGUUCUACUUCCCCGUACAGAGGCGCCACUACGCAGUCACAGAGAGGAAAAGGCUUUUCAAAAAUGUUGGCGACACUAGAAACUAGCUGCUACAUCCAUGACUAUGGGCCUCGAGACAUUGCCUCCUCUCCUAAGACAGUGGAGGUGGACCUGGAUGUGAUUGAAGAGUACCUGAAGGAGCACUCAAUGGAGGUCUCAUCUGGUGCAUGUGUGCAGAACAGCAGUGAGGAGGCACACAACUGCAUCCAAGAGGGCUGGGCUUCACAGCAAGGACACUAUGAAUGGCAUUAUAGUGUCCCUCAUACUACAGAGGAGGACUGCUAUAAGCCACAUGCUCCACAACAAGCCUGGUACCCUCACCCUAGAACAAACGAAUGGGUGCAUGGCCAGUUUGCAAUCGCAACAUACAGUGACUCCGACUCUCAGUCCAGCAACUCUGGCUAUCAUGAGUGCCCCCCAUCACCCCCCUCUGAUACGAUGGGACACAAAGACAGUGAGCCUCUGCCCUUGGCUUCCCUAUCAGGCAAGAGGAAGGAGCGUCUGUUCCAGUUCCUGUACGAGAUGCUGGAGACUCCCGAAAUGCGCAGCUGCAUCUGGUGGGUGCAGUCGGCGAGCGGCACCUUCCAGUUCUCCUCCCAGAACAAGGAGAGGCUCGCCCAGAUGUGGGGCCGCCGCAAGGGCAACCGCAAGACCAUGACCUACCAGAAAAUGGCGCGGGCCUUGCGCAACUACUCCCGCACGGGUGAGAUCCACAAGGUGAAGCGCAAACUCACCUAUCAGUUCACUGGGGACACCCUCAAAGGCCUUCAGCGAGACGCUCAGUCAAUUAGUUAAAGUCAUCUAUCCAAGCCUAGAUGUUCAGUGAUGUACAUAAAUACUGAGUAUUUGUAAAGAAAAUGGCAAAGGAAGCUGACUGUUUAUUUCUUAAGAUGCAUCUUAGUAAUUUAAGAUGAUUACUCUGAAGGAGGUGUGUUGGAGUUUGAUGACACAUUUCUUAAUGAUAAAGGAGGUAAUUUUAAUGAAUGGCCCACAUUAAUUUAUGAAAUUGGUGGAAAAUCAUUGGUCCAUUGACUCUACAAUUUAUAAAUCUGAGGAUUGACAAAUAUUGUACGUAACUACGUUAUAAGUAGUUUUGACUUUUUUAUUUUUUGUAAAUAUGCCUAUUUGUACUUUGUGUAUUCAUCAUCUUGUCCUGAAAUCAAGUAAAAAAAACCUGUUGA